GAAUAUAUUUCGAUUUUUACAAAUUUUUACUGCCGAGACGAUAUGUCUGGAAGACGACGAAUUCCUAAAUCUGGAAAAACUGCUCCUCCUCCUAAAUUAAAUCCACCACAACCAACUUCAUCAAGUUCAGAAUCAGUUCAUCCAGAUGAAAAUUUUGAAAAAGAAUUAUACUGGUGUAUUGAACAGCUAGAAUUAGGCUUAACAACUAAAAAAGAUCCAGAUGCUUCACAGAUUGAAGAAGCUGCAAAAUUAAUUAGAUCAUUAAAAAAUCCUAAAGCUCCUCUGGUAAAGAAACGUCAAAUUAUGCGAAAAACUUUUGGCGAUUAUAGAAAGAAGAUGAUGGAUGAAGAAAAAUCUUUAAAAUCUAGUAAUUUUUAUGGUGAUUAUUUUGAAAAAAAUUUUAAAGAAAAUAUGGAAACGACAGUUUCUAAUAAGAUAAGAAGAAUCAAAAAGACAUUUUCGAAAAGUGUGGGAAAAGGUGGAGGAGUUAAACAAAAGCGUACUGGGAAAAAGUCUAAAAAGAGGCGACGAAAGGUUAAGAAUGAUGUUACUAACGUUGAAGAACUUUUCAUUACUACUAACGAUAAAUCGAAAGAUGAAGAAGAUCGAGAAAAUCUGAUGAUGAAUUUUAAAGUAAAGAAAGAGUUAAAAAUAAUGGAAAGUGAAGAAAGAAGAAAAUGUGGCGAAGAGUUGAAAGAACUAAUUGAAAUAUGGAAUUAUCAAUUAGAAGAAUUUAAUAAAAGAAAUGAGACGAAUAGAUUAAAAAGUGAAUGGCAAGAUUAUAUAAAUGGUAAAUUCCCAAAUCAAUCAUCGGAAAGAGAUAUUAAUACAUUCUUAGCAAUACUUAAAGAAUCUCAAUUUAUUGGUAUUAACACAGAAUUGAACAGAUGUCAAAAGGUUUUACAAAUUAUUAACGCAGUUAAUCAUAUUCAAUCUGACGAAAACUUUUCGAAUAGUAGACAUGAAUGCAUUUUAAAGCUUGAAGAUAAUUUAAUUGAUAGAUUGGAUAGAAUAAGCGAAAAGAUUCUAUUCGAUGCUGAAAAAUAUGUUUCCGAUAAGUUUGCUGAGAAUUUACACAAAGAAUUAAAUUUCAAUGAGAUCCGCCUAGGAGUAUGGGGAAAUUUAAGUAAAAGUUCAAAAGGUCGUACAAUAACAAUGGAAUGUCUAGAUAUGAAUAUAACAAUUCCAAAACAUAUUUUUAACAUUGAUUACGGUAUUCGAAUUCUCAAAAUAGACUACGAUCAUCUUAGUCAUAAAUCCAAGUCAUUUUUAAAAAAAGAGAAGAUUGAGAAUACAACAAUAAAGAAUAAUAAUUUGAGGGGUAAAACAACGACUGAAAGAGAGAAAUCCUUUAUCUAUUUCGAUGACAAAGAUAAAAAAGAAUUUCCAUUUUUAGAGAAAUUAUGUAAAUUUCAAAUGAAUUUAUUCCACUUGAAAAAUAUAGAACAAAUUGAUUAUCCUAUUAUUCGUGUGAAUAGCGACGAUGAACAAUAUAUAGUAUCUGAUACGUUAAAAGACUCGCAAGAUAGUAAUUUUUUUGAUUCAACUACUACAAAAUUGUAUCAAAAAUAUUAUAAUAAACCGUAUAUUGUUGAUUUACGAAGUUAUAGUCUCUUAUAUAGUAUAUAUCAUAUUGAUCUUGUUCAAUUGCCACCUCAACCUCAUCAAAUUAAACCAGGUACUAUUCUCCGUAAGAUUGAGGAACCGAAAGGAGUAUUAAAAUAUUUUCAUAAUGUUAUUGUACCGGAAACGAAUAGCGUAAAAGAGACUAUAGUAACGGCUAGAUCGUCAUUUGUUGAGAGUACAUAUUCGUUUAUGAAACACAUUAAAAGUGAUCUUUCCGAGUCUUUGAGUAAGAUUUAUUCAAAUGAUUCGGAAAAUAAUAUCGUUAUUACAAUAAAAAUAUCGACUUUGUUGUUCACUUCUGGAAACAUCUUUUUAGCCAGAUGGGACGGAGAUGAUUGGGUAACUAAUGGAUUCUAUUAUGAAAAGUAUGACGAUAACAAUAAAAGUAUCACAUUUAGACCAAAAGAAUUUGGUCCUUAUGGCAUAUUUUACGAUUUACAUUGUCAGUACCCUUUUAAAGAUUGGAUUAUACAACCUAUUUAUGAGAAUACAGUUGUUAUAAUCCUCUAUACAACAAUGAUAAGAAUUGAAAUAAAAGUUACAAAUAAUUUGGUAACGCUUAUUAAUCCUAAUAUUUUACAAGGAGAAUUCGAACCGUCGAUAUUCGUUCGACAAUUAAAAGAUAUCGGUUUAAAUAUUUUCCCAACGAAUGACGCUAAAAAUUACGUUAAUACACUGAUAAAAGACGCCUCUCUAGAAGAAAGGCUUUAUCGAUCAAUUUCUCUAAUAGCUCCUGCAUUCGCUGUGGCGAAUUCAAAGUUGAUUAAUUAA